CUCGAGAUCACAAAGUUCCGCACAAACACCGACUUGCACCGUCUAUGGCCAGCACGUUCCAUGGAGCCAUCGACGCUCAUGUCGCCAUUCCCGCUCCACAUUGCGGGCCUGGUGGGACGAUGAACUUCAACUUUGGGCCUGGCUGGGCAGAUGGGCAAGUGCGCAGAGUAGAACUGUUCUCAACGGUGCCAUUUGCGCCGGACCCUAACCUUGUCGACCGGCCUGGGAUCGCCGCUUGGGUGCGCGACAAGUGCGCGGGACUAGGCGCGCGGGCAGCGCUGGUGGGUCUUGGCAGCGUAGGCAAGUCGCAGCUUGCCCUCCAGUAUGCCCACAGCAUCUGUGAUGCUGCGCCGCAGACGUUUGUGUUCUAGGUGCACGCCAGCACCUAGGCCUAAUUUAAGAAAGCCUACAAAGACAUCGCGAACCGGCUGGAGCUUCCAGGGAGGGACGAUCUAAAGGCGAACGUGUUGCGGCUAGUGCACGACUAGCUGCGCGACGAGACAAAUGGACAAUGGGUGAUAGUUGUCGACAACGUAGACGAUGUAGAGACCUUCUUCCCAUUGCGGAAGCGCCAGCGCCAUAGAAACGAGACAGAUGCCAGCGCCUAGAUACCGCUGGCCACCUACCUUCCGCAGAGCCGCAACGGGGCGAUACUAGUCACGUUACGGAGUUAAGACGCAGCGACUAGGCUAGUGGGAGGCUACAACCGGACUAAGGGAGUGCUUGCGAUAGACAAGGAAGAAGGCAUGCAGCUUCUUUGCAACAAGCUGCAAGACCCGCUAGUUAAAGAGAGCGCUCUAGAUCUGCU